CUCUCACAGGUUUUCUUUACCUGAUUUGAAACUAAAAUUCUUUCACAACUCUUGUCCCUAAAUCUUACUCCUUUUCUGUUCUUCUUCCUGUCUUUUGUCUGUGUUUGCUAUUUUUCACCUGGAAUAAAGCGGCGGCGAUAUCCCCGGAAAGUUUCCUGCUUCCAACGCUGGACACGGCGAGGGAGUCCUUGGGUUGUUGAAAACAAUGAACCGCGACGAGGUUUUCGAAGCUUUGUCUCAAGGGUUUUGCCAACACUGCGAAGCUGUUCAUGAGAAACGAAUUCAUCAGAUCUUGGAUAGAAGAGGUAGUGAGACAUCUUUGCCAAAUGGAGAAGCCAAUGUGGCCUCGAAUGCUACUCCGGUACCGGAUUCGGCGAUCGAUUGUGCCCUGCCUCAGGCGGCCAAUUUCGAUGUAUUGCUUAACGAUGUACUUGGUGGAACUGUGGUUGACAAUGGAUUGUCCGAGGAACAAAAGGAGCGUAUCAGGUUUUCCCAAGUUGGUAGAAAAAGGGAUUUCGUUCACACCGAGAGGGUUGAUGGGAGACCGACGAAUGUGCUUAAAGGCCUCGAGCUUCAUACGAAGGUCUUCAAUGCCAAGGAGCAGAGCAGAAUUGUGGAAUGUGUUUAUAAUCUUCAACGUAUGGGCCAAAAGGGGCAACUUAGAGAACGUACAUACACAGAACCGAGGAAGUGGAUGCGUGGAAAAGGUCGUGUUACGAUACAAUUUGGAUGUUGUUACAAUUAUGCAGUGGAUAAAAAUGGGAACCCGCCGGGAAUCAUUCGGGACGAAGAAGUCGAUCCCUUGCCCCAGUUGUUCAAGCAGAUGAUCAAGAGGAUGGUCCGAUGGCAUAUUUUGCCUCCAACGUGUAUUCCCAACAGUUGCAUCGUAAACAUUUAUGACGAAGGGGAUUGCAUUCCUCCACAUAUCGAUCAUCACGACUUUCUUAGGCCCUUUUGCACCGUGUCUUUCUUGACUCAAUGCAAUAUUCUUUUCGGUUCGAGUUUGAAGAUUGCGAGUCCGGGAGAGUUCUCGGGACCUGUAUCUAUACCUUUGCCUGUAGGAUCUGUGCUUAUUCUAAACGGUAACGGAGCCGACAUUGCAAAGCAUUGUGUCCCAGCUGUUCCAGGAAAACGGAUAUCCAUUACAUUCCGGAGAAUGGACGAUAGCAAACUUCCGUACCAAUUUUCACCCGAUCCAGAGUUAUUGAGAAUCAAACCAUUGGUCGUUUCUCCUACGGCGAAUUCGGCUCCGCAAGGCCAUCAUCAAAAGCCGAUUAUAAACUCCUCCUUUGUCAAGGCAAUUGUUCAACAAAACCAGCACCGAAAUGUCCAAGUAAUCAAGGAUAAACCGGAUCGAGAAACCACAAAAACAAUGAACGACUCCUUCCUCAACGGAAACGACUACUUCCCCCCGCUCGGUAAAGCGAACAAAGCAGGAUCAAGGCGAUGAUGGGUUCUUUUCUUUUGGAUAGAUUAUGGAACAAUUGAAUUUAGUAGAUUUCUCAUUCAUGUAAUUAAGACUUGAAUGCUAAAUUGUAUCAAGUUGGGAAUAAUACACACAACCUUCAACGUUUGUAUUUUA